AUGGCUGCCACGGCCGCUUCCUCGGGGGCGCCUCAGGCCUCCGGCUCUUCUUCCUCCUCCGCCGCCGCCCCGGCCAGCUCGAGCUCCUCGGGGGCUUCGGGCGGGGGCGGCGGCGGCGGGGCCUCGGGGCUGACGGCGGCGCUAACCGGCACCAUGAACCGCAAGAAGAAGCCUUUCCUGGGCAUGCCGGCCCCGCUGGGCUACGUGCCGGGUUUGGGCCGAGGAGCUACUGGUUUUACCACCCGUUCAGAUAUUGGUCCCGCCCGGGAUGCUAAUGACCCUGUGGAUGAUCGUCAUGCUCCUCCGGGGAAGAGAACCGUUGGGGAUCAGAUGAAGAAAAACCAGACAGCUGAUGACGAUGAUGAAGAUCUGAAUGAUACCAAUUAUGAUGAGUUCAAUGGAUAUGCUGGAAGCUUGUUCUCCAGUGGACCUUAUGAAAAAGACGAUGAAGAGGCAGAUGCAAUUUAUGCUGCUUUGGAUAAAAGGAUGGAUGAAAGAAGAAAAGAGAGAAGAGAACAGCGUGAGAAAGAGGAGAUUGAAAAGUACCGAAUGGAACGGCCAAAAAUUCAACAGCAGUUCUCAGAUCUGAAAAGAAAACUGGCUGAAGUUACAGAAGAAGAGUGGCUAAGUAUUCCUGAAGUUGGCGAUGCCAGGAACAAGCGCCAGAGGAAUCCACGUUACGAAAAACUGACACCCGUUCCGGACAGUUUCUUUGCGAAGCACUUGCAGUCGGGAGAGAAUCACACAUCGGUGGACCCCCGGCAGACGCAAUUUGGCGGUCUGAAUACCCCUUACCCAGGGGGCUUAAACACACCUUACCCAGGUGGAAUGACCCCAGGAUUGAUGACACCUGGCACAGGGGAGCUAGAUAUGAGGAAGAUUGGACAAGCCAGAAACACCUUGAUGGAUAUGCGGCUCAGCCAGGUAUCCGACUCAGUGAGCGGCCAAACAGUGGUGGAUCCCAAAGGAUACCUCACGGAUUUAAACUCCAUGAUUCCCACACAUGGUGGAGACAUCAACGACAUCAAGAAAGCCCGCUUGCUGCUUAAGUCCGUGCGCGAGACGAACCCUCACCACCCCCCAGCCUGGAUCGCGUCGGCCCGCUUGGAAGAGGUGACAGGGAAGCUGCAGGUUGCUCGAAAUCUCAUCAUGAAAGGGACCGAAAUGUGUCCGAAGAGCGAAGACGUUUGGCUGGAGGCUGCCCGCUUGCAGCCUGGAGACACCGCCAAGGCCGUGGUGGCCCAGGCGGUCCGUCACCUUCCCCAGUCGGUCCGGAUUUAUAUCAGAGCCGCCGAGUUGGAGACGGAUAUCCGAGCCAAGAAGAGAGUCCUUCGGAAAGCGCUGGAGCAUGUUCCAAAUUCAGUCCGCUUAUGGAAGGCAGCGGUUGAAUUAGAAGAACCCGAGGAUGCCAGGAUAAUGCUGAGCCGGGCGGUGGAAUGCUGUCCCACCAGCGUGGAACUGUGGCUUGCCCUGGCGAGACUCGAAACCUACGAGAACGCCCGUAAGGUCUUAAACAAAGCCCGCGAGAACAUUCCAACGGACCGGCACAUCUGGAUUACAGCUGCCAAGCUUGAGGAGGCCAACGGGAACACGCAGAUGGUGGAGAAGAUCAUCGACCGAGCCAUCACCUCUUUGAGGGCCAAUGGAGUGGAAAUCAACCGGGAACAGUGGAUCCAGGAUGCUGAAGAAUGCGACAAAGCUGGAAGCGUGGCCACGUGCCAAGCUAUCAUGAGAGCAGUCAUUGGAAUUGGGAUUGAAGAGGAAGACCGCAAACACACCUGGAUGGAAGAUGCUGAUAGUUGCGUGGCCCACAAUGCCUUGGAGUGCGCCAGGGCAAUUUACGCUUACGCCCUGCAAGUUUUUCCCAGCAAGAAGAGUGUUUGGCUACGAGCAGCCUAUUUUGAAAAGAAUCACGGAACGAGGGAAUCUUUGGAGGCUCUUUUGCAAAGGGCGGUGGCUCACUGCCCCAAGGCUGAAGUCUUGUGGCUCAUGGGGGCAAAAUCCAAAUGGCUGGCCGGCGAUGUCCCUGCAGCCAGGAGUAUCCUGGCCUUGGCUUUCCAGGCCAAUCCCAACAGCGAAGAGAUUUGGCUGGCUGCCGUGAAGUUGGAAUCCGAAAAUAACGAAUACGAACGAGCGAGGCGCUUGUUGGCCAAGGCCCGUAGCAGCGCCCCCACGGCGAGGGUCUUCAUGAAAUCUGUCAAACUCGAGUGGGUGCUUGGGAACAUUGCCGCCGCCCAGGAGCUCUGUGAGGAAGCCCUGAAGCAUUAUGAAGACUUCCCCAAGCUCUGGAUGAUGAAAGGGCAGAUAGAAGAGCAGGAGGAGCUGAUGGAGAACGCCCGGGAUGCCUACAAUCAAGGGCUGAAAAAAUGCCCGGGUUCAAUCCCCCUUUGGCUGCUGCUGUCCAGACUGGAAGAGAAGGUUGGCCAGCUCACCCGGGCCAGAGCCAUCUUGGAGAAAUCUCGCCUGAAGAAUCCCAAGAACCAAGAUUUGUGGCUGGAAUCGGUACGCUUGGAGUACCGAGCUGGGCUGAAGAACAUCGCAAACACUUUGAUGGCAAAAGCCCUGCAGGAGUGUCCCAAUUCAGGAAUUCUGUGGUCAGAAGCCAUCUUUUUAGAGGCCAGACCUCAACGGAAGACCAAGAGCGUGGACGGCCUGAAGAAGUGUGAACACGAUCCCCACGUCCUCCUGGCAGUGGCCAAAUUGUUCUGGAGCGAACGCAAAAUAACCAAGGCCCGGGAGUGGUUCCAUCGGACUGUGAAGAUCGAUUCUGACCUGGGGGAUGCUUGGGCUUUCUUUUAUAAAUUUGAGCUUCAGCACGGCACCGAGGAACAGCAGGAAGAGGUGAGAAAGCGUUGCGAAAACUCCGAGCCGCGGCACGGCGAGCUGUGGUGUGAGGUGUCCAAGGACAUCAGCAACUGGCAGAGGAAGAUUGGCGAGAUCCUGAUCCUGGUGGCAGCCAAGAUCAAGAACACGUUCUAGAACAGGAGAGCCCUGGAAUCAAAGGGGACCUUGUGUUGGACUCUCCUUGGCUUCUCCCUCGUGCUCAGAGCAUUAGGAGAAAGAGAGAGAGUGCUGAGUAGCAUAUUUGUUUGACAGGCCAGGCCAUCCUGGCCCCUUCCUGACAGCUGUCAGUCACAAGGACAAUGAACUGUGCAGGAGAUGUUUUGUAUAGCAGCUUCGCCAUUCUGAAGGGCAAACACCCAGCUGACAGGCAGAUGUUUCCUCUGCUGUCCAAAGUUUCCUGAUGUUUGUUUUCUCCCCAGUUUUCUUGAGAAGCUUCUGGCUGGUGGGCCCUCCUACGAGCCCAUCACUUUCUGAUAUUUCUGCUUGCCUUCCUAAAUUUAUCUAUCUAUCUAUCUAUCUAUCUAUCUAUCUAUCUAUCUAUCUAUCUAUCUAUCUAUCUAUCUAUCUAUCUAUCUAUCUAUCUAUCUAUCUAUCUCCUCCUUCUCAAGUACCUGGCGAUUUAAAGAGCGCUCGAAUUUGAUUUUUCUACCGAAAAACCCGCAAGUGAUUUAAAAAAAAAAAAAAAAAAACCCACGUUUCCACUGCAAUUCAAUGGGCACCCUCAACUAGGAAUUUUAUCUUUGGCAAGGGGACCAAGAACGGAGUCAGAAAAAGCCCACCGGACCGGUUUAGAAAGCUACACAUCAAUUUAAAAUCUGUUGGAAAACCCUGAGCAUAGAAACAGGCAAGGUCGCCACAGGGAAAACUGGCUAAGACAGAAUCUUGUUACAAAUUGCUUUUGGAAAAAAAAAAAUUAAAAUAAGGUACUGUUCUCACAGGUUCCUCCCCCCUCCCUUUUCUCACUUUGCAUGUUUUUUUUUUUUUUGUUUCCUCUUUAGAAUUUUAAACAACUGUGCUUUCAGCUCAGUAGAAGAAUUGUACCAAAAUAACAGGAAGGAAUCAGUGAGUGUGUGUGUGGGGGGGGGAAAUAUGUGUUUAAGUAAAGGGUUAUUUCAUAAAAGGGCAGACAGACAUAAAGAGAGAAUGCUGUAUGAAAGGAGAAACUUAUUAGUGGAAGAAAAGGUAUACUCACAGGUUCCCCGCUUAGUAGUGUUGAAAACAUGGCCUAAAUGAACUCUUAUUUAAAUUGUCAUCCCUCUCCUAGCAAUAGUUUUUGACCUAGUAUGUUUGAAACAUUUUCUUUUUUUUUUUUUAAGAAAACACAUUCCUGGUUUAGCUCUUCCCUCCUGGAGUCCCCUUCUAGAUCCAAUUCCCAGUCCAUUUAGGAAGAUUGUUUUUGUGUAUUAAAAUAUAUACAAAUGUUUUUGCAUGAUGUCCUUGUUGUUUUGGAAAAAGUUGUGUUCACUCGCAGUGGCAGUACUUAAACAGGUAGCACGCUGCCGUCAAAUACAAGCUUUAUUAAGGUUUAAACUCGUCUGGCACCGAAUCAACUUGAUUCGGAUCGUUUUCUGCUUUAAUUCUUUCCCCAAAGGGCCCGUGUGGAUGAUUUUGAUCGGUCCCCAAAUUAAUAGGAUGUGGAAAAUGAGUGAAAAAUGAUUGGGGGACUGGAACGUGCAUUAAAAACCUGCACACAUUAUAGCCUUUCUAAAUAAAUGAACCUAAUUUGGAA